AAGCGGAAUAUGCUCUAUUCUCAUUCCUCCCGCACACACUUCACCUGAAUGCUCUGUCUUUUUUUUUUUAACUCGUCUUUUUCAUUUCAUCCAAGAGCGUCUUUUUGAGUUUUGAGUUUCUUCACCUGACGCGCUGUCCGUUUUCCUUUUGGACCCGUUUGGAUUUUACGCAUUUUAAAUUCUUCACCUGUAUCAGGACCUCCGGAGCUCCGUGCCCUGGAGACUCGAUCCGAGCCGACAUGGCGCGCUUCUUCCUGCCGUUUCUCCUGAUGUUCCUGUGUGUGCAGACGACUCUCUCCUCCGGAGUCUUUGAGCUGAAAAUCAGCUCCUUCUCCAGCUCGCGGGGAGUUUGUGGCUUCCAGACCCGGGAUUGCCAGAUAUUUUUCCGAGUUUGCCUCAAACACUCGCAGGACGUUAUCAACCCGGAGCCCCCGUGCACGUACGGGACCGCACUCACGGACAUCUUCGGCGCGGACUCCAAAUCCAUCUCCAGUAGCGCGCCCAUCAGGGUGCCUUUUCACUUCAAAUGGCCGGGGACUUUCUCUCUGAUCAUUGAAGCCUGGAACGCGGAGUCUUCAAUUAUCGGGUCUACAGAUAACCAGAACAAUCUGAUCAGCCGCCUGGCGACCCGCCGCAGACUCACCGUUGGAGAGGAGUGGUCCCAGGACGUGGACUUCAGUAACAAGAGCGAGCUCCGGUACUCCUACCACGUGAUCUGUGACGAACACUACCACGGGGUGGAGUGCUCUGCCUACUGCCGCCCGCGCAACGACACCUUCGGCCACUACACCUGCGACGAGCCGGGCGACCGGGUCUGUCUGGAGGGAUGGACCGGAGUAUACUGCGACGUUC